CGGCUGGAUGGCGGCCGAGGCCGGCGGGAUCCGGCAACGGCGGCGAGGGCGCUCGGGCUUGCCUUGAACGAGGGGGCGGGGGGGGGGGAGGAGGCGGCGAUGGCGGGCCCGGGCCGGACUCCUCCGCCGGGGGGCCUGCUGCUGCUGCUGCUGCUGGCGCUGGCGGAGAGCGGGGGGCCGGGGCUGCCCGCCGGGUGCAAGCAGGACGGGGGCGGCGGGGGUCGCCCGCGGGGCAGCAGCAAGGCCUCUCCGGGACCCGGGGAGAAGGUGGUGUGCAGCAGCCUGGCCCUGGCCCACGUCCUGCCGCCCGGCGCCUUCCCCGAGAGGACCGUCAGCCUAAUUCUGAGCAACAAUAAGAUAUCUGGCUUGAAGAAUGGCUCCUUUGCUGGACUAAGCCUUCUGGAACGAUUGGAUCUCAAGAACAACCUCAUUAGUGUGAUAGAUCCAGGAGCUUUUCUAGGACUUACAUCCCUGAAAAGAUUAGAUUUAACAAAUAACCAGAUAGGAUGCCUGAAUGCAGACAUUUUUAAAGGAUUGACAAACCUCAUUAGACUAAACCUGUCAGGAAAUUUAUUUUCUUUCCUUGCCCAAGGAACCUUUGAUCAUCUAACUUCAUUAAAAGCUCUCGAAUUCCAGACAGAUUACCUGCUUUGUGAUUGUAACAUGCUAUGGAUGCAGCAGUGGCUACAAGAAAGAAAUAUAACUGUUCGUGACACCAGAUGUGCCUAUCCGAAAUCACUACAGGCUCAACCAAUCCUGAGCAUAAAGCAAGGACUUCUGACCUGUGACCCUCCUCUGGAGCUGCCGUCUUUCUCCAUGAGCCCGUCCCAUCGGCAGCUGGUCUUUGAAGGGGACAGCCUGCCUUUCCAGUGCAUGGUUUCGUACAUCGAUCAAGACAUGCAGGUCCUUUGGUACCAAGAUGGGAAGAUCGUUGAGACGGAUGAGUCCCAGGGGAUUUUUGUGGAGAAGAACAUGGUUCAUAACUGCUCUGUAAUUGCCAGUGCCCUGACCAUCUCAAAUAUUCAAGCUGGGUCGACCGGAAACUGGGGGUGUCACGUGCACUCCAGGCGUGGGAAUAAUUCAAGGACUGUGGACAUUGUGGUCCUGAACAGCUCUGCCCAGUAUUGCCGCCCAGAGAGGAUUGUCAACAACAAAGGCGACUUCAGGUGGCCCAGAACUUUGGCAGGCCUGACUGCCUACUUGCUGUGCACACGAUAUUCAGCUGGCAGUGGCAUCUACCUGGGCAGCGCUCAGGACGAGAAGAGGGCAUGGCGGAGAUGUGGCCGGGGAGGUCGCUGGGGCGAAGAGGAUUACUCUCGUUGCCAGUACGCAAAUGACGCCACUAGAGUCCUGUAUAUGUUUAAUCAGAUGCCGCUGAACCUCACCAAUGCCGUAGCCACCGCCCGGCAGCUCUUGGCCUACACCGUAGAAGCUGCAAACUUUUCUGACAAAAUGGAUGUUAUUUUUGUGGCUGAAAUGAUAGAGAAAUUUGGACGAUUUGCUGAGAAGUAUAAAGAGCUGGGGGAUGUGAUGGUGGACAUUGCUAGUAACAUCAUGCUGGCUGAUGAACACAUCCUGUGGGUGGCCCAGAGAGAAGCCAAGGCCUGUACCAGAAUUGCACAAUGCUUACAAAGGAUUGCAACCUACCGGCUGGCUAAUGGGGCUCAAGUUUACUCGACGUAUUCUCCAAAUAUUGCAGUGGAAGCUUACGUCAUCAAGGGCUCUAGCUUCACUGGGAUGACCUGCACCGUGUUCCGGAAGGUCGCCGCGGCCGAUCGCUCGGGCUUCUCUGACUAUGGACGAAGAGACCUGGAGGGCAGCCUGGACAAGCAACUGGGCUUGAAAUGCAACAUCUCAAACACCUUGUCCAGCCUCGCACUCAAGAACACGGUUGUGGAGGCGUCCAUCCAGCUGCCCCCGGCCUUGUUUCACCAGAGGCAGAAGAGAGAGAUUCAGCCCCCCACGGAAGACGCUCUCUACAGGCUUCAGCUGAUUGCCUUCCGGAAUGGGAAACUCUUCCCGUCGACGGGCAAUUCCACCACUUUGAGCGCCGACAGGAAACGCCUGACGGUGGUCACCCCGGUCAUCCUCACCAAAGCAGACGGCGUAAGCCCACCCUAUCAGGACGUCCCCAUCAACGUGACCUUGAGGCGCCUUGCGCACGGGACGGAAGCGGUGGCGGCUCAGUGGGACUUCGGUCUGCUGAACGGACAAGGCGGUUGGAAGUCGGACGGCUGCCGUAUCCUUUUUUCCGAUGAAAAUGUCACCGCCAUGCAGUGCUCCUCCCUCAGCAAUUACGCCGUCCUGAUGGAUUUGACAGGGUUCCCCCAGUCAGCCGGCCUCCUCCACCCAGUGGUCUAUGUGUCUGCUGUGAUUCUGCUGAGCUGCCUCUUGAUGGUCCACAUUAGCUACGCCUAUCACCACAGUGUCAUCAGGAUCAGUCUUAAAAGCUGGCACAUGUUAAUAAACCUCAGCUUUCAUAUUUUCCUGACAUGCCUGGUGUUUGUUGGAGGCAUAACUCAGACCAAACAUACCAGCAUCUGCCAAGCGGUUGGGAUAAUCUUGCACUAUUCCACCCUUGCCACCUUGUUAUGGAUGGGACUCACAUCUAGGAACAUCUACAAACAAGUCACCAGAAAAGCCAAACGGUGCCAGGAUCCUGGGGAACCUCCUCCUCCUCCGAGGCCGAUGCUGAGGUUCUACCUAAUUGGUGGAGGAAUCCCUGUCAUCGUUUGUGGGAUAACGGCUGCUGCAAAUAUAAGAAAUUACGGGAGCAAGCCUCACUCAGCCUACUGUUGGAUGGCGUGGGAACCAAGCUUGGGAGCUUUUUAUGGACCUGCCGGCUUCAUUAUUUUUGUAAACUGCAUGUAUUUCCUCAGCAUUUUUAUACAGCUGAAGAGGCACCCUGAACGAAAACUUGAACUCAAGGAGCCCAGCGAAGAGCAGCAGCGCCUGGCCCCCAACGAACACGGCAGCCUGAACAACCAGGACUCGCUCUCCGUGUUGCUGCUUUCCACCGUAGCUUUGGAGAAUGAGCACAGCUUCCACACACAACUUCGGGGCGUGAGCCUCACUUUGUUUCUCUACGUGGCUCUGUGGGUUUUGGGGGCCCUCUCCGUGGCUUCCUCUCCCCCUUUGGAUUUGGUCUUCAGCUGCUUUUUUGGGCUCCUGUCCUUGUGCCUUAGCAGUUUUUUAAUAACCCAUCACGGCGUUAACAGAGAAGACGUCCGACAUGCUUGGUUGAUGUCCUGCUGCCCCGGGAGGAGCGCCUAUUCGGUACAGGUCAACGUUCAGCCUUCUUCCGGCGCGAGUGGCCCAAAGGGGGACCCCGCCAAGUGCACCAACAGCAGUGCAGAGUCCUCGUGCACCAACAAGAGUGCGUCGAGUUUAAAAAACUCUUUGCAGGGUUGCAAAUUAACCAACAUCCAGGUUGCGGCGGCCCAGUGUCCUCUGAGCCUGGUGGCCCCCAGUGCCGGCCCUACUCCCCCUCCUCCCCCUCCCCCUCUGGACAACAGUCUUACCGAACACUCGGUAGACAAUGAGAUCAAGAUGCACGUGGCCCCUUUGGAGAUGCCUUUGCGCACCAACGGGCACCCCGGCCGCCAUCACAAGAACCGAAGCAAAGGGCACCGCGCCAGCAGGCUGACCGUCCUACGGGAGUACGCGUACGAUGUCCCCACCAGCGUGGAAGGAAGCGUCCAGAACGGCUUAAUUAAGACACGUCAAACGACAUCCGAAGGACAUUCGAGGACCCGGAGAGCAUACCUGGCUUACCGGGAACGCCAGUAUAACCAGUCCCAGCCGGACAGCAGCGACACUUACAGCACUCUUCAAAAAGGGCACCGGAACACUGAUAAAGCGGUGCCGCCUGCUGUUAAAAAAGACCCGCUGAGGAAGCCCAUCGCGGUUGAGCUGGAAGGGCAGCAGAAGUCCUACGGCUUAAAUUUAGCGGUCCAGAACGGGCCUCUGAAAAGCAGCGCCCAGGAUGGGACAUUUCUGAGUGCCGACAGCACCGGAAAUAUCAGGACCGGCUUAUGGAAACAUGAAACUACUGUGUAGUGCAGGGGUCAGCAACC